UUGAUGAAAGUUCAAACUUACUUACUGAGAUGUUUCCUUAUUGUUUCACUCCGGAGAGAAAUUUCAACAAUAAAGAAGAAAUCAUCGUCUUUGAGGAUGAAGCCAGCGUUGAUUUUGAGGUGAAAACAUGAUCAAUCUCUGCUCAGUCGUGUGCCUCUGUAUCUUCUUCUUCACCCGAUCAUCGGCAUGCCCCCUCGAUCUAGAAUAUGUGGUCAAAAUCGCCUGGGACACCUCCUCUUGCCGGCCGUCAACGGCGGCGGGUAUUCCUUCCCCCAAUUGCUGCCAAACACUCACCAGCCUCUACGGCGUCGCCUUCGCGCACCGCUUAAAAAACACGUCCCUAUUCCGCCUCCCCGACCUCGAAACGUCGUCGUCCUGCCUCUCCAAUUUCCAAUCGAAACUCGACCGCCUCGGCCUCCCGCGCCAAAUCGCCUCCGCCUGCUUCGCGCCGCACCGCUUCGUCAACACCACCAACGUCUGCGCGGGCCUCCAGACCAGGCGCGACUGGGUGGCGCUGCUGGGGGAGUCCACGCCCCUCGACCUCGCGUGCCGCAGCGACCUGUCUGACCUCGGCGCCUGCGACGCCUGCGUCGGCGCGGGGUUUAGGGCGCAGUCGCGAUUGCUGGCGAUUGAUGGGAAUAUCUCACACUCCACUGGCUGCUUUCAUUAUACGAUUCUGUAUGCGGCUGGAGUGGUCAAUGAGCUCGGGCCUCACAGCACCGGAGCGCUCUCUUGUAUCUUCGGCUUGCCUUUGCUCUCCCGCGGAGGCGGAGGAGGGGAUCGGAGCCUCAUCCUUGCCGCCGCCGGCGCUGGUUUCGCCGCCGUGGUGGUGACUUGCCUCGUCGCUUUCCUACUCAAAGGAGUGGUCGGAGAGAAGCAGGUGGCGGCCUCAGAGUCGGAAGGGUUUGCGAGCUCAGAUUCCGACUCCUCGGACGAUAGGCCGCUGCUCAACUGGAGGCCCAAGACAGACACAUUGUGGUAUAAAAUCAAUGAUAUUGAGAAAGCAACUGAUAGCUUGUCGCCUAAAAACUUGAUUGGGAGAGGCCAGUUUGGAGAGGUGUAUAAAGGCAAACUAGGAGAUGGCAGCUUGAUCGCCGUAAAGAAAGUAAUCGAUACAGAGUUGGAGUUUGUGAGCGAAGUCGAGAUCAUCACCAGUUUGCGCCACCGAAACCUGGUCCCUCUCCGCGGCUGCUGCGUCGACGACACCACCCAUCAAAAAUACCUCAUCUACGACUACAUGCCGAACGGCAACUUAAGCGAGCAUCUCUUCCCGAAACAGAGAGGAUUAGACAGAACAAUGCCGUGGCCGCAGAGGAAGAGCGUGAUCUUGGACGUCGCCAACGCGUUACUCUACCUCCACCGCGGCGUCAACCCUCCGGUCUACCACCGGGACAUCAAGCCGACGAACAUACUCUUAGACGCGCAGAUGAGGGCGAGGGUGGCGGAUUUCGGGCUGGCCAAACGAGGGGAGGGGCGGCUGACGACGAGGAUAGCGGGGACGCACGGCUACUUGGCGCCGGAGUACGCUUUGUACGGGCAGCUGACGGAGAAGAGCGACGUGUAUAGUUUCGGGAUAGUGGUGCUGGAGGUGAUGUGCGGGAGGAAGGCGCUGGAUCUGUCGUCGUCGACGGUGUUGAUAACGGAUUGGGCGUGGCCGCAGGUGAAGGGGGGGAGGGUGGAGCAGGUGUUGGAUCCUUGCUUGUUGGGAAGAGGGUUUCCGAAGGAGAUUAUGGAGAGAUUUGUGGUGGUGGGGAUUCUUUGUGCUCAUUUGAUGGUGGCGCUGAGGCCUACCAUUUUGGAAGCGGUGAAGAUGUUGGAAGGGGAUAUUGAGCUGCCUAUUCUUCCGGAUAGGCCAUCCUUUGCUCCUUUUCCAAAUUGAAGAAUCAUGGGUUUUUUUUUCUUGUGCUUUUCUUUUCCUUAUUUUUUGCAAUGAUGUUUUUCUUUCUGCAAUUAUACUAUUGAUAUUGAUGUAAAAAAGUUUCAUCAUUGUCUAAUGUGUAUACAAAAUGUUCACAUUGUCAUAUAUUUUGUUAUCAAAUACUCUUUCCGUUCUAUGUUCUAUACUA